AUGCUCGUGGCAACGUUUUGGACUGAUCCACUUCUGGUUUCAUGGUUUAUAUUAGUUUUGCCCGUUCAUCGAUGGAUUUAUCGUUACAAAAAUUAUGUGUUUGAAGUUAUGCAGUGGUUUUCCGCACGGCAACUUUUAGCGGAUUCGGGAUUUUGUGAAUACGGAAAACGGAUGUGCAACAGUUUCGAUGAAGUUGUUUACUCUGGAAAACGGGAGGAAGAAAGGUUGGAGCAUCUGUUUGAUAAAUACUGCUUAUUGUUUAUGAAACGACUUCAACAGCAGAGAAUCGGUGUUUUGACCGUUGGUGAUUUAUUUGCGAUUGCAAUCAAAUAUGGUUUCAAGGAGACCGGCUUUCAACGUUUCAAAGAAAGUGCUGCUCGUUGGAUGUGUAGAAGGCUAGAGGUUGUAAUGCGCAACAAAGGAUUGUAUGGGCUACCCCGUAACUUCAGCCGUGCAAAUAUGUUCGUAGAAAUAGAUGAUCUGGAAUGUUCUCUUGAUUUUUCGAUGUGGUUAGAAGAAUUUAUGACUCCUUUUUUUCGAGAAAAAGAUGGUGUUUAUCGCGAAGUGCGGCAGCAUGAUUUCAAACAACGAAUUAUACUAAUUCGAGAAGCAGUAUUAAAUCAAGACUGGUCGAAAGUUGGCGCUUUUUUAGGUCACUUGCCUUCUUUGCGACAAAACUUGAGGGAUGUUCCUGAAACGUUCCGUAAACAGCUGAGUAGUAAUUUGGAUAAAACAUGUCGAAUGUUGUUUCCAUAUGCUUCGACUAUAUUUCGAGCCGGUGUUGAGCGCUUUAUGCAGCAUGAUAUUCCACAUGAUAUGAUAAUUAAAUCAGCUGCAGAAUUAAUGCUUGCCUUGAUUGCUGCUGAACGAAAGUACUCUAAUUUAACAUUUGAUGUUGAGAAUAAUUCAUUAUUUUACAUCACGGAGUUGCUUAUAUAUGCGGUCGCAAAUGGCCAGAAGCAGGAAAUGCAAGAUUUGGUCACUACAGUUUCAUCCUUACCAUCCGUUGCUCAGAAACAUAAGUAUAUUACCAUCCUUCGAGCUUACAAGGUAUUGUCUCGUUAUGAACAGUGGCGCAUGGGAGGAGAAAAUGGUGUAGUACGAAGUAGUCCAUUUGAUUUAGGGGAUGAAAUCAUUGCAGUUCUACUGGGUGUCGAAUCUGGUCAGGAGAGUGUUUUUAUCUAUAUAGCAGUGCAUUAUUUGCGUUAUGUUGGAAAAGCUGAUGUAUUAAUGGAUGCUUUAGAGGAAUGCUGUCAUAAAACGCCCUGCAUGAUUGUUGAUUGUUAUUGUGCUUUGCUGUUAAAUAAAAUGGCUGAUAAAGCUUGUUCGUUCCUUGAUGUUGUUUUGCCGCAAUGCGGCCUUGUUUCGCAUCCGAUUUUACUGGAUUGGUUAAAACCGCGACUUUUGAAUCCUCACGAUUAUGAUCUUCCGGGAGAAAUGUUACACCAUAUUUGCAAACUUUUGUUCGUUUUUUUGGAUUAUGGAACGAAUAGGAGGAAUGAUUGUGCUUGGAUAUUUCUGUGGGCAGCGGUGCAGCAUGUGCAAAAUGAUAAUCUACUGCGCUUGCAAUGGGAUCCACGGAAAUCAUGGUGGCCAAAAUUUCAUUGUGCUGAACUAUCUGAAGGAGGAGCCGAUUGCAGGCAUCGAGUUUUCAUGAAACUUUACAAUUUAAGUGUGUUGUAA